CACACACACACGCACACACAUCCACACGCGUGCAGGCCGCUGCAGUGAGAGCGGCGCAUCUGGAAGAGAGCUGUCCGGCUGGGGAGGCGGAGGACGGGGAGAGAAGAGGAAGGAGGCUCCGGGAGCAAGCGAGACAAAAAGGGUCAGGCCUGGGACCUGGGAAAAUCGGGAGAGCGCGGAGAGAAGAGGGAUCAUCGUCUCUCAUUUCCUUGCUUUUUUUUUGUUUUGUUCCUUUUUUGACUUUUAUUUUCACCCGACACCCCCCCCCAUCUACGACCAUCACCCCCACCGUCCCACCCACAAGCCCGCAACACUCCCAACGAUGCCGUCCAACACUGUCGCCAACGCCAACGCCGCCGCAUUCAAAAGCUCCGACUUCACCAACUCACCUGGAAACAGAAAGGGUGACGGCACAAUACUGGACGUGGACCUGAUGACAGAAGAAAAGGCAGCUAAAAGUAGUGCCUCGUGUCAGUUUGGCAAGCCAGGAAGAAAGCGCAAGCAUUUUCCCGCUGAGAGCUGUGGCUCUUUCAAAGACAGCUACGCUGGAGUCGGGAGGCCGUCCAUGGCACAAGUCCACAACGGAGAUGUGGGCGGGCACAGGGACAGGACGUCUGAUGCCUGCUUCCCCAAACAGGAGAGGAGGGAAGUGGAGAACGGGAUCCCCAGAGGCCCUUCCUCCUGCCGAGCAGAGGACGGCUCCCAGGGUCGGAGCCUGAGUCCUUCCCGGGAGAACGGAUUCCUGUCCGGUCGGGAAGAGCCAGACUCGGGGAGAGACAAGAACGAAAGCCUGAUGACGCCGCACAAGAAGAGAGGGAGGCGGAAACUGGAACGGCCAACGAAAUAUGUGGAGCACAAGGACGAGGACGGAGGUGAUGCGGUCAAGACGGAGGGAGGUCGAGGCAGGCCGCGAAGGGGAGUUGGUUGGGAGAUCAGCCUUCGUCAGAGGCCCAUGCCCAGAAUAACCUUCCAGGCUGGUGACCCUUAUUACAUUAGCAAGCGGACCAGAGAGGAGUGGCUGGCCAAGUGGAAGAUGGAGGCAGAGAAAAAGGCCAAACUGAUGUCAGCGAUGAGCGCAAUGAAGGAUCUUGAGGAGAAUGAAAUGGAGGCCGAGAAAGAAGAGGUCUCAAUAAUAAAGCACCCGCAGCCUUCAAAGCAGCAGCAGCAGCAGCAGCCGAAGCAGCAUCAUCCACCACCGCCACUGCCACCACCGUCGCCUCAGACACACACUCAGUCUCAGCCUCAGUAUCAACAGCAAUCUCAGCUGUCACUGCCACAGCAACAACAACAACAUCAGCAGUUGCCUCAGCAGCAGCAGCAGCAGCAGCCGACUGACCCAGCUUCCCCAACUGUGGCCACGACUCCUGAGCCUGUCGCCAUCAUAGGUGGAGACAAGACGUGCCCCAAGUCUGCAGACACCGAGUCUGAGUACGAGGACAGUCGUGGUUUUGGCAUCGGAGACCUGGUUUGGGGGAAGCUGCGAGGCUUCUCGUGGUGGCCAGGCCGCAUCGUGUCAUGGUAUAUGACGGGACGGAGCAGAGCGGCGGAGGGAACUCGAUGGGUCAUGUGGUUUGGAGAUGGAAAAUUCUCAGUGGUCUGUGUAGAGAAACUCAUGCCUUUAAGUUCCUUUAACAUCGCCUUUCACCAGCCUACUUACAACAAGCAGCCCAUGUAUAAAAAAGCCAUCUAUGAAGUGUUACAGGUGGCCAGCAGCCGGGCAGGCAAAGUCUUCAUGGCCUGUCCUGACAGUGAUGAGACAGAAACCUCCAAAUCAGUGGAAAUGCUCAACAAGCAGAUGAUUGACUGGGCCAUGACAGGAUUUCAGCCCACUGGACCAAAGGCCUUAGAGCCACCAGAGGAGGAGCGCAACCCAUACAAAGAGGUUUACCCUGAGAUGUGGGUGGAGCCAGAAGCGGCAGCCUACACGCCCCCUCCAGCCAAAAAGCCUCGCAAAAGCACAGUAGAGAAACCCAAGGUCAAGGACAUCAUCGACGAGAGGACACGAGAGCGGCUUGUUCAUGAAGUGAGACAAAAGUGCCGCAGCAUAGAAGACAUCUGUAUCUCCUGUGGAAGUCUGAAUGUUGGCCUGGAGCACCCACUGUUUGCUGGAGGAAUGUGCCAGAGCUGUAAGAACUGCUUCCUAGAAUGUGCAUAUCAAUACGACGAUGAUGGUUAUCAGUCAUACUGCACGAUCUGCUGCGGGGGACGAGAGGUGCUCAUGUGUGGAAACAACAACUGUUGUCGGUGUUUCUGUGUGGAGUGUGUCGACCUCCUCGUCGGCCAGGGAGCAGCACACGCCGCCAUCAAAGAGGAUCCGUGGAACUGCUACAUGUGCGGUAAGGAGGGCGCGCUUGGUCUGUUGGAGCGUCGCACUGACUGGCCCUGUCGUCUCCAGCACUUCUUUGCAAAUAAUCAUGACCAGGAUUUCGAUUCACCAAAGCUUUACCCCCCAGUCAUGGCGGAGAAGAGGAAGCCCAUACGUGUCCUGUCGCUAUUUGACGGCAUAGCAACAGGGCUGCUGGUGCUGAAAGAGCUUGGCAUCCACGUCGAUCGUUACAUAGCCUCCGAAGUGUGUGAAGACUCCAUCACUGUGGGCAUCGUCCGGCAUCAGGGUCGCAUCAUGUACGUCGGCGACGUGAGGAACGUCACGCGCAAACACAUACAGGAGUGGGGUCCUUUUGACCUAGUUAUAGGAGGAAGCCCGUGCAACGACCUUUCUAUAGUCAAUCCUGCCAGGAAAGGUCUUUUUGAGGGCACGGGUCGCCUGUUCUUCGAGUUUUACAGGCUGCUGCACGAGGCGCGGCCAAAGGAGGGGGACCACCGGCCUUUCUUCUGGCUCUUUGAAAACGUGGUUGCCAUGGGCGUGAGCGAUAAGAGGGACAUCUCCCGCUUUUUGGAGUGUAACCCAGUGAUGAUCGACGCUAAGGAGGUGUCCGCUGCCCACCGCGCCCGCUACUUCUGGGGUAACCUUCCUGGCAUGAACAGGUUGGUGUGUGAAUGGCCUUUGACAGCGAUGUGCAAUGACAGGCUCGACCUCCAGGACUGUUUAGAACACGGCAGGACAGCGAAGUUUGGAAAGGUGAGGACCAUCACUACCAGGUCUAAUUCCAUCAAGCAGGGCAAGGACCAGCACUUCCCCGUCUACAUGAACGAGAAGGAGGACAUACUGUGGUGCACUGAGAUGGAGCGGAUCUUUGGUUUUCCAGUCCACUACACGGACGUGUCCAACAUGAGCCGACUGGCGAGGCAGAGGCUCCUGGGCAGGUCGUGGAGCGUCCCGGUGAUCCGCCACCUGUUUGCACCGCUCAAAGAUUACUUUGCCUGUGUGUAAGCGGCAAAGGGUAAACUCGUGUAGAGAUGCAGCUGUUUUGUUGUGACUAGUAAUAAGAGCCUCGAUCCUCGAAUUAUACCCCCGGUAUGAUUUGUAAGCGGAAAAUAUUGACGUAGAUUUCACAUUACUUCAUGUAUUUGAAUUUUAAUUCUUAUUCUUAUUUAAUUUUGAUAUGUUGUUUUACCUUUUUUAGCAGUGUUAUCAAGUAUUGUUGAUAUGUUUUGUGCAAGCUAUACUUGAGACUAUGCUUUCUUCUCAAGACACUGAGACGGAGACGUGACAAAGGCGUACGCUAAAAUGUGACGGGGGGGAGGGGGGAACCAACAGGAAGGUAGAGAAGUGGGGGUUUUAAUUGAAGAGGGUGUGGAAACGUUUUGAUUCGAGCCGCGGCGGCGCAGCCAUGCUUCCAGCUACUGAGCCUCACGGAGAUGUGACGAGAAGAGGGGAGUUUCCUCAGUGUCAGGAGAGCUGUGUCUCUGAGAAAUCCAAAACACCAGAUCACAAAUACCUCCUUUGUUUACAGUUUCUAUACACAACUGAAGGUAAUAAAAGGUACUACUGUAAUAUGGUUACAAUACCAUGGUGCUCCAGAAUGGUGCGAAACGUCAUGACCCAUGUGGCACUACAACUUUUAGACAACACAGCGCUCUUUAACCUGUUGCUAAAAAAAAAACUUGACGUUUUUACUCGUAGAGGAAAAACUCUUCUUCUUCUUCUUCUGUGCCCCUUUUUUUGUUGUUCACUAGAAAGGAAACGCAGAAGCGACAGAAAAGAUCCUCCUGCAUUUUUGCAGAUUUUAUACAGAUCGUACUGGUGCUCGUUUUAAACUUCUCUCCGCCUUGCUCCGCUCAGGCUCGCGGCCUGGAUCUGCACAAACAGAGAGUGAAGCUAAAGCCACAUGGGAAAUGAUGUUUUCUGUCAUUCGAAAGAAAUAUAUACAUAUAUAUGAAUCUUAAGAUCAAAGUCUGCGGUGAGCUACUUUUUCCUAGUUUCACCCUGACCAGUGACAUUACUGUACAACUGUUCGUAAAGGUGCGUGGCUUUGUGGGGGGAGGGAGGGGUGACCAGGCCAGGUAACGCUCCUCCUCCUCCUCCUCCUACUACUCCUUCUUCACCUCCUUCUUCUUCACCUCUCCAAACUGAAAAAAAAGAAACAAAAAAACUGUCAGGUGCAAAUCCUCAACAACAUGGUGCGGCUUCACAAAGUUCUUCUACCUUUUUUAUAGCAAUUUUGUGCUGUUUUAUCAACAUUAUAAAGCACUUUUAUAUGUAUACUUUAUUUUCUCUUGACAUUUUUUUUUUCCUUUACUUUUUGUGAAUUUUUUUUUUUUUUGUUUUGUUUUGUUUUUAUGAUGUGAACUGAUCGACCCUCGUGUAAUACCUUUUGUAUACAGUAGGGCUGUGCCAAUAGAAGUGACAGAAUGGGUUUUGUUGAUAUGUGAAACUCACGUUAUUUGACUCAUUGUACAGUAGAUGGAUGGACAUUUGCAAACCCCAACUCCCCCCCCCCCCCAUCGACCAUACUGCUAACUGCUUUAAAGGGGCAAUACGUGAAAUUGGUAAAGCUGUGUGAUCAAAACCAGCUCUGCUAUCAGAACUCAAAAUGGUGACUGGAGGAUUCUAACUAAACUAAUGCCGCUUUUCCACUACAUGGUCCCGGCACGACUCGACUCGCCUCGUCACGGUAUGGCACCGCUUUUCCAUUAGCGAUAUUACCUGGUACCUUUUUUUUUUAGCACCUGCUCUGGCGAGGUUCCAAGCGAGCUGAGCCGAUACUAUGCGUGACGUCGUCAGACUGCCGGCCACUGAUUGGUCCGAGUGCCGUCACUGGAAGAGGCGUUCGCGCGACGUCCGACUCAAGAAUCAAACCGAACAAUGCCGAACUGUAGAUCAGUUAAAAAGCCUUAAAAAAUGCUGAAAACAUGCGUUAAUCUCCAACAUUUAGCAAGGAAAUGUCUAAAAUCUCAGUAUUUAACAGAGAAGUCUGGUGUAUUUAGCGACAGCGCUGCUGAGUACUGCGAUCAUGAGCCAAAUCACGACCCGUACUGAACUAAUAUUUUUAAUAAAUUGAUUCUAAUGAUUCAGUACAUCGAAAACAACUGCUUUACAAGUCACUAGUUUGUGUGUGUCGUAGGUCAUUAAUGACUUCUCAUUAUUUCCGAUGGACUUAUCUGUCAAAGUCGUAGUCGUGUGUUGACGUCAUCACAUUGACACAGUGGAGGAACACAGCUGUACAGCAAUGAGCAACUUUUAUCAAAGUUCUCUGUAACAUUAAGUCAAUAUGUAUAGUAGAAAAAAAAAAAAGGAGUCAACAUGCCUUCUCAAAGACAUCUAAAUAAAACACUACAUAGGCUAAUACCUUGAAUUUUCAGGUAAAAAAGGUAACUUGUGCCGCGUAUAAGCUGAAGUCACGGCAGUUUCAUGCAGCCGUGCUGUGAUGACUCCGCCCACUUUGAGGAGGUACUAUAUUGUAAUGGAAAACCAACCCAAACCGCGCAGAGUCGAGCCGUACUGAGGCGAGGCGUGCCGGGACCAUGUAGUGGAAAAGCGGUAAUAACUUCUCUGGCAACCCUGGGUGUCAAAGUGCUCCGAGCUGCGUUUUUGAGUCUCCGAAACACAACGUCAUCAACGUAAACCAAGGCUGUAAGUUUAAAAUGUAGUUGUGAAGUCAGUUUUUAACUAUUUAACACAUUUUCUAAUCUUAACAUGACAUUUUUAACCACAUCAUUUCUCACACAACGAACCUUUAAAGCGGCGACGCAGCGCCGGUGCGUUUCCACCCACAUUUAUGGAAAUGUCUUCUUCGUUUGUUAAAGAUUGUAAAAAAAAAGGUCAGUCCGAGAGUCAAAGAGAAACUACGUUGUGUGCUUUUGCAUACUACGUGUUUGUCCCUUAUGAAGGACAGCUCCCCCCACCACCACCACCCUCCCGUUCAAUCGUAGUCGUCAUGUUGGCAAAUUCUACAGAGUUCUGAUCCAAAAUUUGGAUUGCAAACUAAAUUCUCCUGAUUGUAAAAAUAAAAACCUGUUAAGCUAAAAAUGCGGAGGAUUUAGGCUGCGGUUUGUCAAAACGAAAAACUGACACAGUGUUUGACGGGAGACGUCGGCACUCAAAGAGUAGAAAAAAAAACAGAUUUAUAUCAUAUUUAAGAUUGAAAUUGUUUUGGGGAAAUUUAAUUUCUUAAUGUAAUUCAUUUCUUAAGUGACCUUAUUGCUAUAAAUUUCUUGUCCAUGCACAGAAUUAAUUGCUUUGUGAUAUUUUAUCUCCCCCCCCUACUUCCCUCCCCAUGUUUGUACAAUUUGUACAUAGAGUUUUUUCCGGUUGCUGUUUUCCUUUUUUUUAACGUAUGAGAUGUACAAAUAUAAUUCUUUGCUAAUAUAUAUAUAUCAUCACGUUUGAAAGAAGAAAAAAAAAGGAAGAAUACAAAUCAAAAUUUGAUUCAAAAACUUGCUGCGAAACGAGGCGGUCUGGACUUCACUGCACAGCCCUACACGCUUAAUUACUUCCCUUUCUUUUGUAAGAUUUCGUAUUGUAGGUGCUUUUUUUCCGAUGGUGCUAAACAAUUUCAACGAAAAAAAAAAUUGGAUUGAUUGGAAGAGACAACGACGACUGUUUUUAAGUUUCCAUGUAGUCAUGGUUAAAAAAAUAACUAUUAUUUCACUCAUAUAAAUAUAUAUUAACAAAGGCAUUUUAACUUUGUACUUGAAAAAAACAAAAAAAAAAUAAGUAAAGGAUAACAAAUAAUGAAAGGUUUCCUAUAUUGUUUUAGACUAGAGAUUGCUGUAGUUGGUGCUUAUCUGUGGGGAAAAUCGUGUGAGGAAAAAAAAAAAAUUGGUAACUUUUACUGUAGCAUAAUGUACGCUUAAUAGGCAUCGCUUCUUAAUCCUACAUUCCAUGCUGUAAUAUUCUCCAUGUUGUUUUUGAACUGAUGCUUUGGGUUGUUUUUUUUUUUGUUUUUUUUCGUGAAUCAGAAACAACAUUUCAUUUUUAUUUCACUGUUCAAUGCAGGUCAAUCAUUUGAUAUCCAGUGACACUGUUGACGCUCGGCGUGACUCUCCUGUUUUGUUUUGUUUUUUUUCUUUUGUUUCAAGAGCAGUUCAUAAAGCAAAUGUAGCAGUCA